AUGGGCCCUGGAGCUGUCAAGUUUUGGUUUGAAGUUCGAAAGCACCUCAACGAUUCAGAGAAGAGUCUUGGCGGAGUUUGUUGCAGAAUGGACCUCGACGCCCGACGAAGAGGCGCCGGUGCUGGCGUACUGUUUGUUGCGCCCACCGGAGAGCACCUCAAGUAUGUCAUCCAAAUGCACUUUCCUUGGGAGAUGUCAACUAACAACACCGCCGAGUACGAGGGUUUGCUUGCCGGUCUCAGGAUCGCGGCAGACCUCGGGGUCAGAAAGCUCAUCGUUAGGGGUGAUUCGCAGCUCGUCGUCAGGCAGAUCAACAAAGACUACCAAAGUCCGUUGAUGGAGGCUUACAUGGAUGAAGUGAGGGAAUUGGAGGAGCGCUUUGACGGUAUCCAAGAAUAG